AAUUGUACAUCAGGAAACCACUCACAGAGAAUGAUGGCAGGAGAUAUAGCAGGGCUGAGGCUUGAAAGAAAUAGCCGUGUGUACAGCAAGAGAUGACAUGCUGGGAUUUUCUGUAAUGGGAUAAGAAAAUGGAUGUGUUGUGUCUGCUCCACUGGAACCGCACAUUGUAGGAGUAAUGCUUUUUAUGAUAGUAAAGCUUAAACCGAGUGGAAGAUCAGGUCACAACCAACACCAAUGGCUCAAUUUAAUGAAGUUGGCAGGAGGCGAGUGACAUCAAUAAAUUUGGUUACCGGGUUUUUCCAGUACCUGCGUGAUGAGCAAGAAGCAGUCCAAAAGAGAACAUUUACGAAAUGGAUCAAUUCACAUUUGGCCAAGCGAAAUCCUCCAAUGAUGGUCAAUGAGCUGUUUGAAGAUAUCAAAGAUGGGACAAAAUUACUUGCCUUACUAGAAGUCCUGUCUGGGCAAAAACUGCCAUGUGAACAAGGAAAGCAGAUAAAACGGAUUCACUGGGUAGCCAACAUUGGCACAGCUUUGAAGUUCUUAGAAGGGAGACGGAUUAAACUAGUGAACAUAAAUUCUACAGACAUUGCUGAUGGCAGGCCCUCUAUUGUUCUUGGAUUGAUAUGGACCAUAAUCCUUUAUUUUCAGAUCGAAGAGUUAACCAGCAAUCUCCCUCAGUUGCAAUCAAUGUCCAGCAGCACAUCUUCAGUAGACAGCGUUGUUAGUUCAGAGGCUGCAAGUCCACCAAUCAAACGCAAAGUAGUAAACAAAAUCCAGGGAAGCGCCAAGAAAGCAAUGCUUCGUUGGGUCCAAUAUACAGCAGCCAAACGACUUGGAGUGGAAGUGAAAGACUUUGGAUCCAGCUGGAGGAAUGGCAUUGCCUUCCAUUCAGUGAUAUAUGCCAUUCGUCCUGACCUGGUGGACAUGGACAAGCUGAAGGGCAGAACUAAUCGUGAAAAUCUAGAAGCAGCGUUUUCUAUUGCAGAACUUGAACUGGGAAUCCCAAGACUGCUAGAUCCAGAAGAUGUAGAUGUUGAUAAGCCGGAUGAAAAGUCAAUAAUGACUUAUGUAGCUCAGUUUCUCAAGCACUACCCAGACCCUCACAACAGUGCUGCAGAUGGACAGGAUGAUGAUAGAGAAAAUCGGUUACUGCUUCGAGAGUUGAAGGUUUGGCUUGAACAAUUUGAAAGAGAUGUCACUCGUGCACAAAUGGUAGAAAGCAGUUUGCAAGACAAAUAUCAGGCUUUUAAACAAUACAGAGUGCAAUAUGAAAUCAAGAGAAAACAGGUCGAAACUUCUAUUAAGCCUCUUGGAAAAGACGGUAAAUUAUCUCUGGAUCAGACAAUGGUAAAACAAAUAUGGGACAGAGUCUCGACACGGAUCCUUGAUUGGCAUGUGCAGCUUGAUAAAUCGCUUCCUGCUCCCCUGGGAACCAUAGGCUCUUGGCUCUACAGAGCAGAGGUUGCUCUCAGGGAGGAAAUAAGUGUUCAGCAAGCUCAUGAGGAAACAGCAAAUAUCAUACACCGGAAACUGGAGCAACACAAGGAUGUACUGAAAAAUCUGGAUGGUUAUAAAAAAGCCUUUCAAGAGAUUCACCGUUCUCGAUCUGUCAACGGAGUUCCGGUUCCAAUAGAGCAGCUUGAAGACAUGGCAGAAAGGUUCGGUUUUGUUGCGUCCUCUUCACAGCUUCAUAUGUUAAAGCUUGAAUUCAUGGAAUUAAAAUAUCGACUGUUAGCACUGCUGGUCCUGGCAGAAUCUAAACUAAAAUCGUGGAUCAUUAAAUAUGGCAGACGUGAAUCAGUGGAACUGCUUCUACAGAACUACAUAACUUUUAUUGAUGGUAAUAGAUUCUUUGAACAGUACGAACUCACCAGCCAGUCCCUUAAACAGGCAGCUGAGAUGUAUGUGAAAGCAGAUGGAUCAGCAGAAGAAGCUGAAAAUGUUACGAAAUUUCUAAACGAAACCACAGUUCAAUGGAGAAACCUAUCAGUGGAGGUGAGAAGUGUGCGGAGCAUGCUAGAAGAAGUAGUCUCUAACUGGGAUAAAUAUAGCAACACAGUAGCCAGCCUGCAAGUCUGGUUGGAGGAUGCAGAGAAGAUGUUGGACCAACCCGAACAUGCCAAAAAGGAUUUUUUCCGCCACUUGCCUCACCUCAUUCAGCAACACACAAUGAUGAAUGAUGCUGGCAAUUUCCUUAUUGAGACUUGUGAUGACACAAUUUCAAAAGACAUUAAACAACAACUUCUGCUUCUCAAUGGGAGAUGGCGUGAGCUGUUCAUGGAAGUCAAACAUUAUGCCAGGGAAGAUGAAUAUGAAAGAGCAAAGAAGGAAUAUGCAGAUGGCGUGAUAGCCCUAGCAGCAUUUGCAGAAGGAGGCAAUGAACGAAUUUCCACACCCUUAGAAGUGUCUUUUCUAAAUGUCAAGAUGUUUGUCCAGGAUCUUGAGGAUAUUAAACAGAAAAUGCCAAUCAUAGAAGCACAAUACAGGUCGGUAACGAGAAUGGCUCAGCUUCUUACAAAGGAAUCUCCCCAAGCAGAAGCCAGUGAGAUGCUUGCAGCUGUCUCAAGAAUUAAAGACCAACUUAACAAAAUAAGGGAGCACUACCCGCCGCUGCUGUACGAAUCCCAGCAGCUUCUCACACCGCUGGGGGAAUUUGAGAACCAAGUGACCAAUUUCUACGAAGCCCUUGAAAAGCUGAGCGAAAUCAUUUCAAUGGCGGACAUAGAUAUGCAGUCAGCCUUCGUUUAUAAACAAAAGCAACGGGAGCUGCUGGCUUACCAGGAAAACUGCAAAAAGGCACUAGGAAUUAUUGAGAAAAAUGGCCAGGCUGUUCACAAGGCAUUGGCCAUCAGUAAAUCCUUGCACCAUUUUGACCGUUCUGCACUUCAAAAGAAAAUAACUGAUGCUCAAGCUGCUUUUCAGAACACAACAAAGAAAUUAGCGGAAUGGAAAAAAAGGGUAGAAGCUAAUACCAACAUGAUGAAGAAAUUUGAAGAAUCCAAGGAGGAGCUUGAGAAUGCUCUAAAAACAGCUGAAAUGUACUUUAAAGAGAAGGGAAACCCAGAAGAAAUGCUAAAAAAGCACACUGAAUUUUUCGGACAGUUGGAUCAGAAGGUACUUAACACCUUCUUGAAAGCUUGUGAUGAACUGACGGACAUACUUCCUGAGCAGGACCAGCAACCUCUGCAAGAAACUGUCAGGAAGCUUCACAAACAGUGGAAGGACUUUCAGAGUGAAGCACCCUAUCAUUUACUACACAUAAAAAUUGACCUAGAAAAAAACAGGAUUCUAUCAACAGUUGAAGAGUGCAAAGCGGAGCUGGCUCGAGAGAACAAAAUGCUUCCAGGGGAAGGAAGUGAAAAGAUAAUUAAAGAACACAGGGCUUUCUUCAGCGAGAAAGGGUUCUACCAGCUGUGUGAAAAAAGAUUACGAUUAAUUGAAGAGCUGUGUUUGAAACUACAAGACAGAGACCCUGCAAAGGGAGUGUCUGAAACUAUCAAACGGGUAAUGAGAGAACUGAGAGCUGAAAUCGACAGCACCCAUCAGAUGCUGAUGGCACACCCAGACAAAUGGAAGAACUUUAACGGCAGGAUUAUUGAGUUAUCGGACUGGAUAGUGGCCAGUGAUAAAAAGCUAAAGCAAAUAGAAAGCAUGGCCAAGGAUUCUGGAAAAUAUAAAGAGCUGAAAGCUUUACUACAGGAAAUCAAACAACAUGCCGUAAGACAAGAAGAGAACCUCAGCUUUUUGAAAGACAGGCUAACAGGUCUUACUGGGAUUUCAGUUGAGAAUGAAGUGAAGAAACAGGGGAAUGAACUUUCUAGGCUUUCCACAGAUUUGAAGAGGCUUUUAGAUCUUCUUUUCGAGGUGGAGAAGCUCUUAGAUACAGUCAGUGACUGCGUACAGUACAAGGAAGAAGUGGAAAGUGUGCUGAGUGAAUUCAUUUGCAGCUCUAAAGAAGCCCAGACAGAAGCCGAGAAAAUACUGGAUACCGAGAGCUUUGCAGAGGCUCAAGCAUUGCUCCUACACUACCAGCAAAAUAUGAAGACGAUACGUUCAAAGAAGCAGGACGUCCAGGUCCAGAUUGCGCGGGCAAAACAACUGCAAGACGAUAAAGGUCUUUCUGGCUCCACUCAGGAGGAUUUAACCAGAAUGGAAGAGAAACUAGACAAAGUGGAAAAGGAAAUGGCAAAACAGGAAGAGAACUUGCAGGUCACAAUGAACAAGUGGGGGCAGAUAGAAACUGGCAAAGAUUCAAUAACCCACUAUCUGAAGGAGAUGGGUCCCAACCUUGAACGUACCUUACAUUUUGGUACUUUUGAAAGUCUAUCAUCAGAGCUACAAAAGACAAAGGAGCAUUGCAAGAAAGGCAAAGAAACGUCAGUGCAAGCAAAAAGCCUGGUGAAGCAAUCAUCAGAGAUAGAACUUGGAGCAAAGAGCAAGCAAUGUCUUCAGCAGCAGACUAAGUCCAUUGAGGAGAAGGUCAAGCAGGUUACAGAGACCCUUACUGAAAAUAUCAACAAAAUGGAAACAAUGAAGCUGAAAUGGGAGACAUACGACCGGGAUUUUGAGACUCACUCAAGUUGGAUUUCAGAAAAACAAAAGGAGUUGGCGGAGUUGGAAUUCUCAGCAACACUUCCAGAAAACAAAGCGAUACGUAUUCAGGAAAUCAUAAAGGAGCUAGAAAGUAAAAUGAUUGAAGUAGAAGCUCUUGAAGCCAAAAGCCAGGAAUUUGCUGAGUUCAUCAGCUCCGCAGAAUUGUCUCGAAUCAAAGCUAGGCUGUCACAGAUGGUCAAGCAGUCAGAUGGACUUAGACAUCACGCACGUCGGUUGGAAGAAAACAUUUUGAGUAAUGCCCUGCAGCGGCAGAAAUUUGAAGAGACAUUCAGACAGGUGCAGAAUACUUUGUCUGAUCUGGAAGCUUCUCUGUCCUGCCCGGUUAACAAUUGCUCGUCUGCCGCUGAUACAUACCAUGUCCUCCAUUCACAUCAGGACCUCUGUCGUCAUUUGGAAUCAUUGAUGAACAAGAUUCAUUCUCUGGCUGCUAGUGCCCAAAAACUCACGGAGAAAGAUAACGCAAUACAGGACACGUUAAGUUUGCAGAAGCGACACGAGGUAGUCUCAGCACAAGCCAAGGAAAGGCUUGUUUUACUGGAGCAACUGCUGGCACAAUGGCAGAGGCACGAGAAGGAGCUGUCAUCCUUUAUGAACUGGAUAGAGAGAAACGAAGUUUUGCUCAGCAACAGAGAUGACCGCUUUCCAGCAGACAGAGUAAAGCUACAAGUCGAACUGAAGAUAAUCCAGGAUGCACUGGCCGAGGUUCAAAUACAAGCAUCUCGAUACACGGAACUGGUGCAGAUAUCCGAGCACCUGUACACCACCUGUUCUGAAAAGACCGUCGAGGAAUUAAAAGAGAAGCUGGAGAAACUGGCUCACAGAUGGAAUGUUUUACCCCAAAAUAUUUCAAAAAGAGCAAACUUUCUGGAGUCAAUACUGGAGGAACACCAGAAAUUUGAUGCCCUGUUACUGCAAUUGUCCCUUUGGAUUAAGGAAUUUCUUAAAGAACUUGUAGAUUCUGCUGAGAUCAACACUGCUGAUCAUCAAGCUGCUCAAAACCUAAAUACGCACAAAGUCACUGAAGUGAAGAAACAAGACCAGGAGAUACACAACCUGAAAGGGCAACUUGAAAAGGUGUGCUCCUUCACCAGUUCAGAAGACCAGCCGCUAUUAAAAGGACGAGUAGAAGACUGCAUCCAGCUGUUUGAGGAAGCAAUUCAAAUUACUUGUAGACGUCAAGAAGCUCUUUCCAAAUUAGGAGAGUUUCUGGACAUGCAUACAAACUCUUUGACAGUUCUCCAUCAUUUAAAAGAGGCUGCAGAGACUACUAGUAGUUUGGAUAAAUCAACAUCAGAAUCACUUAAGAAAGAGCUCAAUGAUAUUGUUCAAGAAAUAGACAACUUAACAUCCAUGUCCAUAACACUCGAUGUGGCCCUUUCCAAAGCACAAUGUCACUUGAGAAGUGGUGCUCAUGUGCAGAGGACUUCAUGCAGAGCCUUGGCCGAUAACGUAAAUUUGGAACUAGAGAGAGUACAAACAGUUCUUGGAAACAAACAGAGUGAAGCAGAGGCACUUGGAGCUCUGUGGAAAUCAUUCAUUGAUUGCCGUGAUACACUCCUAAAAAGAAUAGAGGAUAUUGAAGAAAAAGCAGACAAUGAGCAAAUGAAUGAUCCAAUCCUUCAAGCACUUCAGCAAAGGCUUACAUUUUUUAAUGAACUGGAGGAAGAAAUGAACUCUUAUGAACACGAAAAGCGUUGGCUGAUGGACAAAGCAAAGCAGAUAGCGCAAAAAGAUUUAUCUCGGGCUUCGGAAGCAGACAAAGAGCUGAACGGAUUGCUAAUUAUCUGGGAGGAUAUGCAAAAACUGAUCAGCGAAAGCCAAGAACAAUGCACGAUUCUGAUAGAUCUCAUGAGAGAAUACGAGCAACUGAAAUCUACUGUAACCAAAUUUAUUGAAAAUGCUGAAAACAUGAUCACCAUCAAGUCAACUUUAAAAGAUCAGGAAGACAUCCGACGUACUAUGGCAAAGCAUGAAUCCGCAAAGGAUGACCUUAACGAGAACCAGAAAGUUCUGGAUGACUUCACCAACAAAGGGAAGCACUUGCUAGUUGAGCUCAAGAGGAUCCAUGGCUGUGACACUCGGCCGGUGAAAAAGGAUAUUGACUACUAUAUGGAUCAGUGGCUUGAUGUGCUGGAGAGAAUAGAUGAUAACUUGGAAAGGCUAAGUGUGAGUCUAGCCUUAUGGGAAGAUGUCCUGAACAUUAAUGAUGAGAUUGAUGGGUGGUCCAGCAGCUCCAUAUCACAGAUGAACGAAAAUAUUACCAGCCUGAAUAACAGUCAACAACUUAAAACGUGCCUUGAGGAUUUUCAGAUUGAAGUAACUAACAAAGGCCAGAAGCUGGAAGAAUUUCAUUCAAAGGUUUAUGAGCUCAAAGAACUGACAAAAAGUCAGGAACCUCCUACAGAACUUCAGUUCAUGGAAGCGGAUUUAAGACAAAAACUAGAACAUGCUAAGGAGCUGUCGCAAGUGGUCAAAGGAACCUUGAAGGACUUUAAUGCACAGAAAAUUCAGCUGGAAACCUUUAUUCAUCAAAUGACAGACUGGUUGAGUAAAGUUGAAGAAUCAGUCUUGAAAUAUUCAAGUAGUCAGGACCCUGAAGACUUGAACAGAUUAAAGGAAAUCCAGAAAGAACUUCAAGGCCAGCAAGCCAGCAUUAACUCUUCUCAAGAGAAUCUCAACAGCCUUUGCCGCAAGUAUCGUUCCACAGAGCUGGAGGCCAUUGGAGGAUCUGUGACUGCCCUCAUAAAGAAAUAUGAGACUGUCAACCAGCUGUGCAUUAAAACACAAGCCGCUCUUCAGGACACACUAGAAAAAUGCUUUAAUGAUGCCAUGCGUCACUUUGAGGAAUGGUUUGAGAAAGUAAAACAAGAUAUCAGAGAGGCUUCUGACUGGUCUGGAGACAGCAAAACCUUGGAAGGGAAAAUACAACAUUUACAGGGUAUACUUGAUUCAAUCAAUGAAGGUCAAAGCAAAUUAGACACUGCCUCCGAGGAAGGAGAAAGGCUGUACUUCUGUUUGCCAAAACCAGCUGUGAUUAAUAUCCAAGAGCAGAUAUCAAAGGCUGAGAAAGAUUUUCAGGACUUCAAGAAACAGUGUCUCAAGGAUAAGCAAGUACUUGAAGACUAUGUCUCUGAACUCGGAAGCUUCGAAGAUCAGCAUAAGAAAUUAAGCUUGUGGCUGCAUGACCUGGAAGAACAGAUACGAACAGAAACAUUUGGGGAAAGCAAGCAACACAUUCCUGAAAAGAAGACAGAAAUGCAUAAAGUAGAGAUGUUUUUGGAAGAACUUUUUGCUGCAAGAGAAUCAUUUGAGAAACUGUCGCAGCGAGCCCAAGCUCUAAAUGAAGAUGGACGAGGAGAUGGUCAGGAAGUGCGCUUAUCAUCUCAGCUUCUUACAAACUAUCAACAUUUACUUAAAGUUACGAAAGAAAAGCUAAGGGUCUGCCAGGUGGCCCUCCAAGAACACCAGAUUUUUGAAGAGGCUUUGCAGACAACGUGGUCUUGGUUGAAAGAUAUGCAGGAUAGACUAGCUACCACUGAAAGUACAGUGGGCAGCAGAAGCACCCUGGAGAAACGCCUGCUGCAAGUUCAGGAGAUGCUUCUUGUAAAAGGAGAAGGUGAAGUGAAGUUAAACCUAGCCAUCGGUAAAGGUGAACAAGCUCUUAAGAGCAGCAACAAAGACGGCCAGUUGGUUAUACAAAUGCAACUUCAAACAUUGAAGGACGUAUGGGGAACGGUCAACAACACAGCAACCAGAUGUUUAAGUGGUUUGGAGGCUGUCCUUGACCAAUGGAAUGAACACCUAGAGAGGAAAAAUCAGAUGGAACAAUGGCUGGAAUCCGUGGACAACAAACUGGAACAACCCAUUCAGCCACAGAACGGCCUAAAAGAAAAAUUUACACUACUUGAUCACAUACAGGCAGUCUUAUCGGAUGUAGAGGAUCAUGCCACAACCCUACACCACCUUAUAGAAAAGGAAAAAGAAUUAUAUCAGAAAACAGAAGACCCUUCUUUCUCUGAAGAUGCCCAGAAUGACCUAAGAACUCAUUUUAACGACAUCAUGACGGUUGCAAAAGAGAAAAUCAGAAAAGUAGAAGACAUCGUGAAGGACCACCUUCUGUACCUUGAUGCCGUUCACGAGUUCACAGAUUGGCUGCAGUCAGCAAAAGAAGAACUUCAUCGCUGGUCUGACACAGCAGGAGAUGCACCUGCCAUUCAAAAAAAGUUGACCAAAACUAAGGAGCUGAUAGAUUCCAGACAGACUGGAGCUGAACGUCUUAACAGAAUUGAAACUCUGGCUCCGAUAGUAAAGAAGAACACGGCUGCUGGUGGAUGUGAGCAAAUGGACACAGAGAUCCACGGCCUUCGGGCCGACUGGAAGCAGUGGGAGGACAAUGUGACCCAAAGCCAGAGCUCUUUGGAGACUCUUUUGAGCCAAAUGGCCAUUUCGGAACAAGAAUUCACUGCCCAGGUCUCCAAACUGGAAGAAGCUAUUGAGGAUUUUGGUGUGUUUCUAGAAAAAUGGGCACAGAAGCUGAUACAAUGUGAAGGCAAGAACACAGACAAGGAAAUAGCGGAACAUUGGCACCGACAGAAGGAUGUCUUAAAUGCUCUCACUGAGGCUGAACAUAUCACAGAUGACAUAAAGGCACAACUGAAUGACCUCUGCAGGUUUUCCAAGGAUUUGAGCGUAUACUCAGUUAAAGUGUCAGCAUUAAUUAAGGAGUACAACAGUCUUUGUUUGCAAGCAUCUAAAGGCUGUCAAAACAAAGAGCAGACCUUGCAGCAGCUGUUCCGGACAGCUUUCCGAGACUUCCAGCAGUGGCUGGUGAAUGCUAAGGUUACAACAGCAAAGUGCUUUGAUGUUCCUUCAAGCAUUGCUGAAGUUUCAGCCAGUGUUCAGAAAAUACAGGAAUGCCUAUCAGAAAGUGACAGCGGACAGCGGAAAUUACAGACAGUGACUUCUAGAGGUGAACUUCUGUGCGGUAUUGUGCCAGAGGAGAAAAUUAAAACCGUCCAACAAAAGGUCCAGACAGCAAAGGAUGAUUGGAGGGGAUUCAUUUCAUCUCUGCAUCAAAAAGAAACAGCAUUAGAGAACUUGAUGGUCCAAAUGAAAGACUUUGAAGCAAGUGCAAAGCCAGUUCAGGAAUGGCUAAGCAAUACUGAAAAGAUAGUGCAAGACAGCAACAACCGUCUCCACGACUUGUCUUCUAAAAGGAAAGAGCAGCAGAAACUACAGUCUAUCCUUGAAGAAAUAAACUGCCAUGAGCCGCAGAUCACCAGGCUAAAAGAGAAAGCUCAGCUGCUGAGGGAAGGACAGUCCACCAGCAAAAGCUUUAUGCAUACAGUGUCGCAGCUAUCUUCUCAGUACCUAGUGCUAAACAAUCUAACAAAGGAAAAAAUGUCAAGGAUGGACCGGAUUGUCUCUGAACAUCAGCAAUUUUCACAAGGACUUACUGAGCUUCAAGACUGGAUCAAUGACGCUGUUCACAUGCUUCAGUCGUAUAGCCACCCUACUGCUGACAAGAGUGUCUUGGACAGUAGGAUGACCAAGUUGGAGACACUCCUGACACAGAAGCAGGAGAAGGAAAUACACAUGAAGAUGACAUUAACUAGAGGAGAAUCUGUCCUGAGAAACACAUCCCCAGAAGGAGCACCUGCCAUUCAGAAUCUGCUGAAGGAGCUGAAAGACUCUUGGGCCGCCCUAUUAUCCGCUUGCAUUCAGUGCAAAAGUCAACUUGAAGGUGCUCUGUCUAAAUGGACAAGCUAUCAGGACGACGUCUGUCAGUUUUCCGGCUGGAUGGAGAAGGUGGAAGAUAGACUCAAUGACUCUGAGAGACAGUAUCCAGAACUAAGGGACAAAAUGACAGCUCAGAGCAAAGCAAAGCUAUUAAGUGAGGAAAUUCUAAGUCAUAGCAGCUUGCUGGAGACCAUAGAGAUGAAAGAAUCCAGUAUGACCGAACACUAUGUCACCCAGCUUGAGCUGCAAGAACUCCAAGAACGCUACAGUUCCAUCAAAGAAAAGGCAAAGGAAAAUAUUGUGAAAAUGGAUAAGUUAGUUAUAGCCCACCAAGAUUAUCAGAAGGGGAUUAAGGUUUUUGAAGAUUGGUUGGAACAGGAAACUGAAAAGUUGGACAGCUUGACCCAUCUUGAUGGCGAUACACAAAUGCACGAAGCAACACUUCAGGAUUUGCAGGAGCUACAGGUGCGCUGUGCAGAAGGUCAGGCCUUACUUAAUGCAAUGCUUCACAUAAGAGAAGAUGUUGUACUGUGGGGUGUCCCCCACACAGAAGACAGAGAACUUGAGACAUUAAGGCACGACUGGCAAGUUUAUCAGCAGCGACUCGCGGAAACUAGAAGUCAGAUCAACACUACCCUGAGCAGGCUGAAACUAAUGGAACAGAAGUUCAAGAGGACAGAUGAGUGGUUAACAUCUGUUGAAGGAAAGGUUAAUGUAAGAAAGGGGCGUCAGUCCGAUAGAUCAACAAAGGAGGUGCAACUACUCCAAAUGAAGAAAUGGCAGGACGAGGUCUUGGUGUACAAAGAGGAGGUGGAGGAAGUUGGCGCAUUGGCUCAGCAGGUGCUGGAGGAGAGUUGGAGCAGCAGUCGAAUUGGGAGUCUAAUCACACUGCACACAUCUCGUUACCAAGCAGUCCGAUUACAUAUCCAGGAACAAAUCCAGCAUAUUGAAGAAGAGCUCAGAAGCAUGGAUGAAUCUGACCUGGCCAUCAAGGCUUAUGCAGAGUGGUGGGAUGAGGCUCAAAAAAAUUUGAAACAUGUUAUCAGUGAUAUUGGCGUGUUGGAUAAAUCUGCAACGGAAAAGAAAAUGAAGAAGUUACAAGCCCUUUUAAGUGACAUGGAUAUGGGACAUAACCUCCUAAAAUCAGCUCGUGAGAAGGGUGAAAAGGUUUUAAAGUAUUUGGAAGGGCCUGAAGCUGACCAACUGGAAAAAGAGAUACACAGCCACAUGAUGAAAUUGGAAGAACUGGCAAGUUCAAUAAGGAAGGAACACACAACCUUAGAAAAGGGAAUCCAUCUGGCAAAGGAAUUCUCAGACAAGUACAAAGCCCAGGGCCAGUGGCUAGCAGAGUAUCAGUCUCUCCUUCAAACUGCAGUGGAACCGAAAACUGAGCUCUAUGAAAAGAAAGCUCAGUUAGCCAAGUACAAGUCAAUACAGCAGACAGUGUUUUCACGUGAGCCUUCUAUCAAGCUGGUGAGCGAAAAAGGCGAAUCUCUGCUUUCCUUCGCCCAGGAUUCAACUGUGAGGGACAAGGUUCAGAAGCUUCUAAAAGACUACCAAGAACUUUGCAGCUUGGCAAAGGCAAACGUUGCAGACUUGGAAGAAAAGGUGAGGGAACAUGAGAUCUACAACUCCCAGCUGCAAGAUGUGGAGAAAUGGCUAUUACAUAUGUCCACCAGACUAGUAACGCCUGACUUAAUGGAAAGCAACAAUUUGGAAACAGUGACACAACAUAUGGCUAAUCACAAGGCAAUGAUGGAGGAGAUUGCUGCAUUUGAAGAACGAUUGGCUGAUCUUAAAACAAAAGGAGAAAAUUUGGUUCUCCACUGCGCUGAACAUCUACAGGCAAAGUUUAAGCAGAGUGUACAAGCCCAUUUGCAGGGGACCAGAGACAGUUACACCGCCAUCUGUAGCACUGCACAGCGAGUAUACCUCAGCUUGGAAAAUGAACUCCAAAAACACGUUAGUCAUCAAGACACAUUGCUGCAGUGCCAGGCUUGGUUUUCCACUGUUCAGCCAGAGAUAAAAAUCAGCUCUAAAGCACCACUCACCCUCACUGAGGCGAUGAAACAGGUGAAACAUUACAGAACUCUGCUGGAGCAGGCCAACACAUACUUGGACCUAUUGUGUACAUCAUGUGAUUUAUCAGAUGCGGCUGUGAAGAAUGCAGCUAUUGAUAUUCAGCAAACCAAACAGACAAUCGAGAAAAAGAUGCUGGUAGCCCAGGGCCUGACUAACGGGUGGGAAGAAGUCAAACAAAUCAAGGCUGAGCUCCAAUCAUACUUCCAGGAAGCUGAUCAGCAGCUGCAGGCCAUGAAGAGGAGACAGUCCGAGCUGGAGAUAAAGUUGGCCCAGAACAUGGUAUCACAGGUUAAGGAGUUCAAUCAAAAUCUUCAGACCAAGCAGGACAAGAUUACAGUAUUUACUGAAAAGGUUAACAAACUGACAAAUGGGCAGGAAUCCCCUGAGCAUGGAGAGAUUGGACACCUAAGUAACCGCUGGCUGGACUUUUGCUUUCAAGCAAAUAAUCUACUGCUACAGAGGGAAGAGGAUCUUCAGAGAACCAGGGAUUAUCACGAACGUUUAAGCGUAGUUGAUGUUUUCCUUGAGAAGCUAACCACAGCUUGGGACAAUUUAGCCAGAUCUGACACAGAGAGCACAGCUGCACACUUGGAAGCCUUAAAGACAUUAGCAUCUCUUCUGCAAGAGAGGAGGUUUGCCCUUGAGGACUUUAAGGAUCAGAAACAAAAACUGAUAGAACACCUGAACGCGGAUGACAAGGAAUUAGUCAGGGAGCAGACCAACCAUUUUGAGGAACGCUGGAAUCAACUACAAGAACUUGUUAAAAAUAAAAGUGUGACCUGUGUUUCCACAUUGGAACAACUAAGUGUAGUCCAUUCCCGACUGCAGGAAUUGACUGAAUGGGCUGAGGAUCAGGAACCAAGCAUUUCCGAGGCUUUGAAUCAAAGCCCCCCACCUGAACUCGCUCAGAGCUUGCUUAUGGAUCAUCUCACCAUAUGUAGUGAAGUGGAGGCCAAACAAAUAUUGCUGAAAUCUUUGAUCAAAGAUUCUGACCGGAUUAUGGCUAGCCUUGGUCUCAAUGAAAGACAACAGCUUCAAAAAGCUCUAGCAGAUUCACAAAAACACAUAGACUGCCUUACUGACUUAGUCAACCAGAGGAAGAAACACCUAAAUAAAGCCUUAUCAGAAAGGUCACAGUUUCUCAUGGCUACUUAUCAAGCUUUAAAACAAAUUCACGAACUUGAAAAGAAAAUUAUGUUUCGGGAGUAUAUAUGCUUACUGCCAGAUGAUGUGAGCAAACAGCUUCGAGGAUGCAGAAAUGUUCAAGCAAGUCUGAAGGCCUACCAAAAUGACUUUAACCAUCUGUUGAACCAGGGCAGAGAACUGAUGAAGGAAGCCACAGAGCAAGAGAAAAAUGAAGUGAUGGGCAAACUACAAGAACUUCAAAUUGUGUAUGAGAGCGCGCAGCAGAAAUGCAGUCAAAGGCUCAUUGAACUUGAGAAGAGUAUGGUUUCAAGGAAGUACUUUAAGGAGGAUUUAGAUAAAGCAUGUCAUUGGGUGAAACAGGCAGAUGUGCUAACAUUCCCAGAAAUUAAUUUGAUGAACGAUGACUCAGAACUUUAUUGUCAGGUGUCCAAAUAUCAGCAGAUAAUUGAGCAGGCCUCAGAAUAUGAAAAUCUUCUACUUUCUCUGCAAAGAAAUGGCCAAGAGAUCCUUCCUUCCCUCAACAAAUUUGAACAUUCUUAUCUGGAGGAAAAACUGAACACCUUACCGCAGCAAUGCCAUUACGUUGUUUCAUUAGCCAAAGAAAAACUUGCCAAGGUCCAGGAAGCCAUCCAUAUUCGUAAAGAGUAUACCUCGUUGAUCGAGUUGACAAGCAAGGCUCUAAAAGAACUAGAAGACCACUUUUCACUCAUGAACAAAAUGCCAUCUUGUCUGUUGGCUAAAGAAGUUUUGUCAUUGAAGCAAGAGUACACGUCUAUCCUAAAUGAAGUAGGAAACCUGGGCACAGCCAUUAAUGAACUGAAUCAGAAAAAGGAAAUUUUCCGAAGCACUGGUCAGCCAUGGCUUCCAGAGGAAAUGUCACAGCUUUUAUGCCAAUAUCAAAAGUUAAAAAGGGCAGUAGAACAGAAAAUCAGACAUCUUGAGGACACUGCAAAUGCAUAUCACAAAUAUGAUGAUCUUUGUUCAAAGUUAAAUAUUAAAAUAGAGACUUUGAGUAAGGAACUGGAUCAAGUUAACGAGGAAACACUUCCAGCAGAAGACAAGUUGAAAAGUUAUCGUACAUUGGCUGCCAGUCUUCAGGAUACAGCUACUCUUUUGAGACGGGUAACUGAUAAUUUAGAAGAGCUUUCCUCCAGGCUUGACUCUUCUGUUUAUGAGAAAGCGGAAUUACAAAUUCAAAAAUGGCAUGAAAAAUUAAAGUCUUGGAAUGUGGUAAUGAAGGAGAGAAUGGGGGAAUGCGAGAACAGAUUAAUACAGAGUAUAGAUUUUCAAAUAGAAAUUUGCCGUACUCUGGAGUGGCUAAGGCAAAUGAAAGUAGAACUUAAUGAACCUAUAUCAUUGAAUGGGAAACUCGAAAGCCUCCAAGAGGAGAUUAGGAAGCUGCAAUUACAACAAGAGGAAAUUGUGUCAUGCCUCAGAAUAAUGAAUGCUCUGAGCAUUAGGGAAAAACAGAAGUAUCUGAAAGCUAAAGAACUUGUCCCUACUGACCUGGAAAACAGCCUGGCUGAACUCUCUGAACUUGACCGGGAAAUCCAGGAAGCAGUCAGUGUAAAGCAAACCACCCUAAAUAAAGUGUACGUUGCCACUCAUCGAUACUAUCAAGCUGUGCAGUCUGCCUCAGAUUGGGUGGAAGAUGCCUUAGAGUUACUAAAGCUAUCUGAAAAUGGUGUCGAUAUUGAAAUUUCUGAAGAGAACUUGAAGGAGUACAGUGAGUUUUUUAGUACCCAGAACAAAUUUAAUGGCCUUAUGGAGGAGCUCCAUGGCCUGGUGUCUGAACUGGAGCCCUAUGUCCACAAGUCUGGACUGGAUCAGAUGAAGCAAACGGUAACAUCUUUAAAGGCGAAAGGGAAAGAGGCAAAGGACCAAGUGCAAUCCCGGAUUGAGUUACUGAAAAGAUGCACAGUUCACUGGAAUUUAUACCAAGAGGAUAGACACCAGGUUAUCGUGUCUCUGAAUGAAGCAGAAAAGAAGUUAUCUAAAUUCUCAGUGGCCAGAGAUGCUUCAUGUCAUAAAGCUGAAGAGAAACUUUUGGCCCACAAGUCUCUUGUAUCCUUGGUAAACUCUUUUCACGAGAAGAUCACAGCACUAGAGGAAAAAGCUUCUGUGAUGGAGAAGCUGGGGAAUAAUGCCAGCAAGGCCGCCAUAAGUAAAUCAAUGACCACAGUGUGGCAGAGAUGGAUGCGGCUUCGCACCACAGCCCGAGAACAGGAGAAGAUACUAGAGGAGGCCGUGCAGGAAUGGAAAGAGCUCGGUGAAAAGGUUCAGAAGUCGACUUUAGCCAUUGAUCAACUUCAAGAACGUCUUCCAGAAAGUUCUGCGGAAAAAGCAUCAAAGAUAGAGCUGGCUGAGUUAUUGGAGAGUCAUGAAACCUUUAAUAAAGAGCUAGAGCAAGAGCUGGCUGUGGUGACCCUACUAAGGCAGGAUGCUCUGAAUCGGAUCCUGAGAGAUGUGGACAUCGAGUCCUCUGCUUCCCCAGAGGAUUUGCCAGUAAUGCAAGAAAUGAAGGCAAUGCAAGACAGAUGUGCAAACAUGCGUCGGAAAGUAAAGAAAAGCAAAAAGCUUGUAGAACAGGAGCUGAAGGAGCGAGAGGAUGUCGAAAAAGAAUUAAAUUCAAUAAAGGCCUGGAUAAAGGACACCAAAGAUGCUUUAUCAAGUCCCGCCACUGAAGCGGGCGUACAUUUGGAAGAAUUGCAGGUUCUCUAUGACAAAUGUAAUGUGCUGCGGCAGAAGGUGGAAAGGUUGUCCGAAGCACAACAGAACAAAUACCUGGAGAUGUAUAACAUUUUGCCUUCAGAGCUCUCUCUCCUGUUUGCUGAGGUGGCCUUUGCUCUUGGAAAUAUUAAUGAGGAGAUCCAGAUGAAGCAGAAAGAAGCCCUGCAAAAUCAAACACUCCAACAGGAAUUUAAUCAGCAGAUCAAUGGGAUUGGAGACAAACUUGAGAAUAUUUUAUCAAAACUAAAGGAAAAGACAAAUAAUAUUCCCCAAGCCAGAAAAGACCACAUGAUCUUGUGCGAUGAGUUAGACAACUGUAACAUAAAACUGGUAGAACUGGAUGCUGCCGUGCAAGAUUUUGCUGAACAGAAUCACUUACUGGCCAGGCAGCUGCUUGACAAAAUUGGGCAAAUAACUGAAAUUCAACAACAAGCCAGCAGAGAGGCAGAGUACAAAGCAGGCAAACUCAAACAGGCCAUGGUACAUCUGGAAGAAUACAAUGAGAUGUUGGAGUCCAUACUAAGAUGGAUAGACAAAGCGAAGAUUUUAGCCAAUGGCCAUAUCACCUGGAGCUCAGCAAGCCAGCUUCGGGACCAGUCCAUGACAUACAAGGCUAUGUUGGAGGAAUCAAGAGAUAUCCACAGCGAUCUGGAUUCUAUGAAUGAGAAGACAGAUCAUCUGGCAAUUGUGUAUUAUACCGAAGAGAUGUCCCGACAAGUGUCAGAACUUGGACGGCAGACUGAAGAGCUACAGCACGUACUUAAACAUCGUCUACAGAACCUCCAGGAUGCAGCUAAGGAUAUGAAGAACUUUGAGACUGAAGUAAGAGCUUUGCAAACUGCACUUGAUCAGGCCCAAACCACUUUGACCUCUCCUGAGCUUGGACGGCUGAGUCUAAAAGAACAGCUGUCUCAUAGACAGCAUCUGUUGUCCAAAAUGGAGUCACUUAAGCCAAAGGUCCAGGCUGUCCAGGCCUGUCAGAGUGCCUUGAGAAUCCCUGAAGAAGUGGUCACGAAUUUACCUAUAUGCCGGACUGCUCUCAGACUACAGGAAGAGACCAGUCGUCUGCAGCACACGGCCAUCCAACAAUGCAAUAUCAUGCAGGAAGCCGUCGUGCAGUAUGAGCAGUACGAGCAGGAGAUGAAGUGCCUCCAGAUCUUGAUAGAAGAGGCGCAUCGUGAGCUGCAGGAUGCAAAAGUCACCACUAGCAAUAUUGAACAGCUGCAGAUCCAGAUCAAACGCCAUGAGGAACUGGCUAAGAAAAUCAAGGGUUACCAGGAGCAGAUAGCGUCGCUGAAUUCGAAGUGCAAAAUGCUAACCAUGAAAGCCAAGCAUGCGACGAUGCUGCUGACUGUCACCGAAGUGGAAGGGCUUACGGAGGGGAUGGAAGAUCUGGAUUCGGAGCUGCUUCCCACACACUCAGCUCACCCGUCGGUUGUUAUGAUGACCGCUGGUCGCUGUCACACUCUUCUGUCACCUGUCACUGAGGAAUCAGGGGAGGAAGGCAGCAACAGUGAGAUUUCCUCUCCGCCGGCCUGUCGUUCCCCUUCACCUGUGGCUAAUACAGAUGCUUCUGUUAACCAGGACAUUGCUUAUUACCAGGCCUUAUCUGCUGAACAGUUGCAGACGGACGCUGCCAAGAUCCAACCUAAUGCUUCUUCUCCACAUGAGAUGUAUGAUCCAGGACUCGAGGCAGCAGCGGACUCCAAACUGGAUGAUCUGCAGCGUUCAUGGGAAACACUAAAAAAUGUGAUUAGUGAAAAGCAGCGCACAUUGUAUGAGGCUCUUGAAAGGCAACAAAGGUACCAGGAUUCUCUGCAAUCAAUUUCCACAAAAAUGGAAACCAUUGAAGUGAAGCUGAAUGGGAGCUUGGAGCCCGGAAAGACCCCAGAGAGUCAGAUGGCUGAACAUCAGGCUUUGAUGGAUGAGAUUUUAAUGCUGCAGGAAGAGAUUAGCCGGCUGCAGGCGUCCUUUGCAGAUGAGCUGGUGUCUGAAUCUCUGGACGCUGAUGCUGGCGAUCAGUUGGCUCUACAGUCUACUCUCACGGUCCUGGCUGAGAGAAUGGCCACUAUCCGGAUGAUUGCUUCAGGGAAACGUCAACUCUUGGAGGAAAAACUGAAUGAACAGCUAGAGGAGCAACGCCAUGAACAAGCUCUCCAGAGAUAUCGGAGUGAAGCUGAUGAACUUGACCAUUGGUUGCUGAGUGCCAGAGCUACACUGGACAAUGUUUUGCGAUCUUUUGAAGAACCACUGGAUAUGGAGGCCCAGCUUAUUGAUUGCCAGAACAUGCUGCUUGAGAUCGAACAGAAGGUGGUGGCUCUUUCCGAGCUCUCCAUCCACAGUGAGAGUUUGCUAAUGGAAGGCAAGUCACAUACCAAAGAGGAGGCUGAACAACUGGCCAUGAAGCUCAGGACCCUGAAGGGAAGUCUUUUGGAACUACAAAGGGUUCUACAAGACAAGCAGAUCAGCAUCCAGGGAGCAUUUCAUGAGAAGGACGAGCCCGAUUCUGAGUUGGCAUCAUCGCAAAGCCCUAGUGUCCAAGAAUGGCUGGCCCAGGCAAGGACAACACGUUCAUUGCAAAAACAGAACAGUCUGCAAAGGAAAAAAGCGUUGGAACAAGAACUUGCUGAGCAGAAGAAAUUAUUACAAUCUGUUGCUAGCCGUGGAGGGGAAAUUAUCAACCAACAGACGACCGAAAGAGUUAACGUCAGUGAAAGACCAGAUGCCCUGUCCCAUGAACUGGGUUUGGAAGGAUUAAAGUCAGCGCCAGAAGAUGAAUUGAGAGUUAAAUGGGAAAGCCUUCAUCAGGAGCUCAGUACCAAGGAAAAGUUAAUGCAGAAUGCUUUGCAGCAGGAGCAAGAACACCCGAUUUUUAGCCAAUCAAAUAGGAUCGUGUCUGGAGUGCCUUUUUACAAAGGAGACAAGAAAGUCCAAGAAAAGUCAUCUGUAGCAAACCUUCUGGAUGGAUUAAACCAAACCCUUGAAGAUAUAUCAUUACAGAAUGGAGGUGGAGAAAAGAAGAGUCUUCCGUUGGAGAAAAAACUGUAUGACGCUGUGUCAGCUACUUCCACGUGGUUGGAUGACGUGGAACAGCGCAUUUUUGUGGCAACUGCACUCCAGCCAGAAGAAACUGAGACAAGUCUUUACCACCAGGAGACUUUGGCAAAAGAUAUAAAGGAAAUGACCGAAGAGAUGGAUAAAAACAAGAAUCUGUUUUUCCAAACGUUUUCAAGCAGAGGCGAUAACCAUGAGAUAAUAGAGGAGACUCUAUAUUGUCUUAUGGGCAGACUGAAUGCUUUAGAGUCCUUUGUAAACCAUCGGUGCUGUCAAAUGAAGGAGAGGUUACAGGAUCUCAUAACAUUUCAGAAUGAUUUGAAGAUGCUUUUUACAUCAUUGGCUGAUAACAAAUACAUAAUACUGCACAAACUGGCUGAAGCAGCAGAAAGUCCCGCAAAGGAGCAAAUACAGGCCAUCUUACAAGCAGAAGAAAGCCUUAAAGAAAUGGACACGGAAAUAACAGAGCUAAAGAGACGUGGGGACAGAUUGCAAGUUGACCAGUCGUCAAUGCAGGAACUUUCAAAACUCCAGGAUACGUAUGAUGAAUUAAUGAUGAUCAUUGGCUCAAGAAGAAGUGGAUUAAAUCAGAAUCUAGCUCUUAAGAGUCAGUAUGAACGAGCCCUACAAGACCUGACAGACUUGAUCGAGACGGGAGAAGAGAAGAUGUCAAAGAAACAAAAGUUUAUAGUGUCAUCUAGAGAUGAGAUUCACGCUCUUCUAGAAAAACACAAGGAGUAUUUCCAGGGCUUGGAAUCACACAUGAUCCUCACCGAGACGCUCUUCAGGAAGAUUAGCAGUUAUGCUCUACCAAGGGAAUCCAUGCUACAUUCUGAGUUAAUGGACCAGGCUUCGGCUGUCAUUAAACAGGCGCAUAAGAGAGGCGUAGAACUGGAAUACGUUCUGGAGAGAUGGAUGCUUUUUGAUGAAAAAUAUGUACAACUGAGAAGGCAGCUGGAAAUGAUUGAAAAUAAUAUACCAACAGUUGGACUGGUGGAAGAGUCUGAAGAAAGGCUUUCAGAAAGAAUUCAACUGUACCAGCGCUUUAAGUUAAGUUUAAUGGAGUAUCAGCCGAGGGUUUAUCAAGUCUUGGAAGACGGCAAACGACUGUUGAUGUCUGUCAGCUGCUCUGAACUCGAUGGACUUUUGAAUCAACUGGGAGAGCAGUGGUCAAAAAAUACCAACCGGGUGUCCAAGGAACUCAGUAGACUGGAGGACAUACUCAGACACUGGACAAGAUAUAAGAAUGAAUAUGCUGAACUUGUUCACUGGUUGAGAUGUGCCAUGGAUCGACUUGACUUUUGGACAGAACAGUCUGUGACUGUGCCUCAAGAUCUGGAAACAGUUCGAGAUCAUCUCAAUGCAUUCUUGGAAUUUUCUAAAGAAGUUGAUGCCAAAUCAUCCCUGAAAUCGUCUGUUCUGAGCACUGGGAACCAGCUACUUCGCCUAAAGAAAGUAGAUACAGCCGCGCUCCGUUCCGAGCUGGCACAAAUAGAUAACCAGUGGACAGAACUUCUCAUACACAUCCCUGUGGUACAAGAGAAGCUGCAUCAGCUUCAAAUGGACAAGUUACCUUCUCGUCAUGCUAUUACUGAAGUCAUGACGUGGAUGAGUCUGAUGGAAAAUGCAAUAAAGGAGGAUGAAGAGAAUAUCCGAAAUGUUGUGGGAUGUGACGCUAUUCAGGAGUAUCUCUUAAAAUACAAGGGCUUUAAGAUUGACUUGAACUGCAAGCAGUUGACCGUGGACUUUGUCAAUCAGUCGGUGCUACAGAUCAGCAGCCAGGAUGUGGAGAGCAAACGGAGCGACAAGACGGACUUUGCUGAGAAAUUGGGAGCUAUGAACAGACGCUGGCAAAUCCUACAGGCCAAAAUAAGAGAGAAGAUCCAGAUGUUGGAAGCGUUGCUGGAAUCUUGGACCGAGUAUAUAAACAAUGUGCAAAGCUUGAAAUCUUGGUUUGAGAAGCAAGAGAAAAAGCUCAGGAAACAACAAAGUAUUGGUGACCCAGCUUCGGUUCAGAACAGCUUAAAAGAUUGCCAGGAACUUGAAGAGUUGGUGAAGGUGAAGGAAAAGGAUGUAGAGAAGGUUGAGCAGUGUGGGCUUGCCUUGAUUCAGAACAAAAAAGAGAAAGUCACCGCUGUAAUAAUUGACACGCUAAGAGAACUUAGCCAUUCUUGGGCUAAUCUGGAUCACAUGGUGGGUCAGCUCAAGAUAUUGUUACAGUCAGUACUUGAUCACUGGAGCAUUUACAAGGAAGUUUAUGAUGAGCUAAACAGUUACAUUAUGGAAGCCAGGUAUUCCCUGUCCCGCUACAGGCUGUUGACAGGAUCUAUGGAAGCGGUGAAGGUUCAAGUGGACAGUCUUCAGAACCUGCAGGGGGAGUUGGAGAAGCAAGAGAGCAGCUUAGACAAGUUCAGUUCCAUAACCAGCAAGCUCUUGAGCGAAUGUAAUUCAUCUGUAACAAAUACCUUUAACACUACUUUAAAAGAGGUCACAGAAAGAUGGAAUAAUUUGCUAGAGGAGAUUUCAGAACAGCUACAUUCAAGCAAAGCCCUGCUCCAGCUUUGGCAGAAAUACAAAGAUUACUGCACCCAAUGCGCCUCCAAUGUCCAACAGCAAGAAGAUCGUGCCAAUCAGCUGCUAAAGAUGGCGUCCAACAAGGACAUAGGAGAUGAUGAAAUCACUACCUGGAUACAAGAUUGCAAUGUUCUGCUUAAAAGCCUGGGUGCUUCUAAAGGUUCGUUGGCUACUCUCAAUGAGAUGGGGGAUCAGCUUAAACAACAAGUAGAUUCUUCUGCAGCAACAACAAUCCUGUCCGAUCACCUGGCCCUUAACCAGCGUUUGAUAGUCCUAGAGCAGGCUCUCCACAGACAACAGGUCAUUCUCCAGGCUGGGGUUCUAGAUUAUGAAACAUUUGUAAACAGCCUAGAAGACCUUGAAGCUUGGAUUUUUGAAGCAGGAGAGGUAUUGAACGGACAGGAUCCCAAUCGAUCAUCAGAUCUCUCAACAAUUCAGGAAAGAAUGGAAGAACUUAAAAGACAGAUGUUGAAAUUCAGCAGUCUGGCAGGAGACUUAGAUCGUCUGAAUGAAUUAGGCUAUAGACUACCUCUAAAUGACAAGGAAAUUAAAAGGAUGCAGACUCUAAACCGGAAUUGGACCAUGAUCUCUUCACAGACCACAGAGCGGUUCAGCAAACUGCAGUCUUUCUUGCUGCAACAUCAGACUUUCCUGGAAAAAUGUGAGACUUGGAUGGAGUUUUUGAUUGAGACCGAACAGAAGCUUGUGGUGGAAAUUUCUGGAAACUACCAGAGUCUGUUAGAGCAGCAAAGAGCCCAUGAGUUAUUCCAAGCCGAAAUGUUCAGCCGCCAGCAGAUUUUACAUUCAAUCAUUGUUGAUGGACAGCGCCUACUAGAACAAGGACAAGUGGAUGACAGAGACGCAUUUAACCUGAAACUAACAUUACUUAGUAAUCAAUGGCAAGUAGUAAUACGUCUGGCUCAACAGCGAAGAGGAAUUAUUGACAGCCAAAUACAUCAGUGGCAACGUUAUAGGGAGAUGGCCGAGAAGCUCAGGAAGUGGUUGGUGGAGAUGUCAUAUCAGCCAGUGACUGGUCUUGGGAGUAUUCCUAUCCCACUUCAACAAGCCAGGGCCCUUCUUGAUGAAAUUCAGCUCAAAGAAAAAGUGCUUCACAGACAGCAAGGGAGCUACAUCCUGACAGUCGAAGCCGGGAAACAGCUGCUCUUGUCUGCUGACAGUGAUGCAGAGGCCACCUUACAAGCAGAACUAAUGGAUAUCCAAGAGAGGUGGAAGGCCACCACAGUCAGACUAGAAGAGCAGAAGAGACAGUUAGCAUUCCUACUAAAAGACUGGGAAAAAUGUGAAAAGGGAAUUGCAGAAUCCCUGGAAAAACUUAAGAACUUUAGAAAGAAUCUCUCACUACCUCUACCAGAACACCAUGAUGAGUUGCAUGCAGAACAACUCCGUUGCAAGGAACUUGAAAAUGCUGUUGAAGGGUGGGUAGAAGAUUUAGCUCAUCUCACACGCCUGAAGGAUUCGUUCGCUGCUUACAUCAAUGCAGAUGAUAUUGCUAUACUUAAUGAGCGCAUUGAGCUGCUGCAGCGGCAGUGGGAGGAACUCUGUCACCAGGUCUCUUUGCGAAGACAGCAAGUGAGCGAAAGGCUGAAUGAGUGGGCCAUCUUCAAUGAGAAAAACAAGGAGCUGUGCGAGUGGCUCACUCAGAUGGAGAGCAAGGUGUCCCAGAACGGAGAGUUUAAGAUCGAAGAGAUGAUCGAGAAACUUAAAAAGGAUUACCAGGAGGAAAUCGAAUUAGCUCAGGAAAACAAGAUGCAGUUGCAGCACAUGGGCGAAAGGCUUGCCAAGGCCAGCCAUGAAAGCAAGGCUUCUGAGAUCGAUUACAAACUUGGCAAAGUGAACGACAGGUGGCAGCAUCUGCUGGAUCUCAUUGGAGCACGAGUGAAGAAGUUAAAGGAGACACUUGUUGCAGUACAACAGCUGGAUAAGAAUAUGAGUAGCCUGAGAUCAUGGCUGGGCCAUAUUGAAUCUGAGUUGUCCAAGCCAAUUGUGUACGAAACCAGCGACUCUGAGGAGAUACAAAGGAAACUAAAUGAGCAGCAGGAUUUGCAGAGAGACAUUGAAAAGCAUAGCACUGGAGUCGCUUCCGUCCUGAACCUUUGCGAAGUCCUUCUUCAUGACUGCGAUGCUUGUGCCACUGACACGGAGUGCGAAUCCAUUCAGCAAGCCACUCGAGGGCUAGACCGCAGGUGGAGAAACAUCUGUGCCAUGUCUAUGGAGAGGAGGUUGAAGAUUGAAGAAACCUGGAGACUGUGGCAGAAGUUCCUUGAUGAUACCUCUCGGUUUGAAGAUUGGCUUCAGGUUUCUGAAAGGACAGCUGCCUUUCCCAGUUCUGCCGGCGUGCUCUACACAGUUGCCAAGGAAGAGAUGAAAAAGUUUGAGGCAUUCCAAAGACAGGUUCAUGAGAGCUUAACUCAGCUAGAGCUCAUUAACAAACAGUACCGUCGCCUCGCUCGGGAGAACCGCACAGACUCGGCCUGUAAGCUAAAGCAGAUGGUCCAUGAAGGCAACCAGAGGUGGGACAACUUACAGAAGAGAGUUGCUUCCAUCCUGCGGAGGCUGAAGCAUUUUAUUGGUCAACGUGAGGAGUUUGAGACAGCUCGGGACAGUAUACUUGUCUGGCUAACAGAGAUGGACCUUCAGUUAACCAAUAUUGAACAUUUUUCAGAGUGUGAUGUGCACGCAAAAAUAAAACAACUUAAGGCCUUCCAAGAAGAGAUAUCAUUAAACAACAGCAAAAUCAAUCAAAUUAUUACCCAAGGAGAGCAACUAAUAGAAAAGAGUGAACCGAUGGAUGCAGCAGUGAUUGAGGAAGAGCUGGAUGAACUCAGGAGAUACUGUUUGGAGGUCUUUGGUCGUGUUGAGCGUUAUCACAAGAAACUGACUCGACUUCCGCUGACUGAUGAUGAGCAUGACUUCUCUGACCGAGAGAUGGAUUUGGAUGAUGGAGCAGAUCUGUCUGAUAUCCAGUGGCACACAAAGUCCACAGGUGGAAUAAUUUCACCACUGCCUUCCUCCAAUCACUCACUGUCGCUAAUAGUGCCCAUGAGAAGUGAAAGAUCAGGUCGAGACACCCCCGCAAGCAUGGACUCCAUCCCAUUGGAAUGGGACCAUGACUACGAUCUCAGUCGAGAUCUUGAGACAGCGGUUGCUCAAGCACUACACUCAGAUGGGGAAGAAGAUCAACAAGAUAAAAAAUAUUUCCUUCAAGGAGCAUCUGGUAUUACUGAUGUAGAGAUUCCUGAAAGUCCAGAAGCCUAUAUAAAAAUUACUGAGAAUAUUCUGAAAACCUCUGCAGAAUUAAGUCCUUUAGAGACUCAGAUCCAGCAGUUUGACAAAGCACUGGACACCAGCCGCUUCCACCUGCAACUGGCAGAGAAUGCCAUACGCUCCAAAACACCCACCGGGCCUGAGCUAGACUCAAGUUACAUGGGUUAUAUGAAACUUCUCAGAGAGUGUCGAGGGAGCAUAGACACCGUGAGGAACGUUAGCGAGAAACUGAAGGAAGAAGAGGAGUUUUCCGGGUUCACUAAUUUACAAAGCACCGAGACUAAAUCAGCUGGCGUUAUCGAGAGGUGGGAAUUAAUCCACGCACAAGCACUAAAUAAGGAGCUCCGAAUGAAACAAAAACUUCAGCAGUGGCAGCAAUUUAUGUCUGACCUCUCUAAUAUCUGGGACUGGCUCGGAGACACGGAGGAAGAGCUCGAACGACUACGGCGACUGGAUGUUAGCACUGAUAUUCAAACAAUUGAACUCAGAAUUAAAAAACUUAAGGAGCUUCAGAAGGCUUUGGAUACCCGAAAAGCGAUUGUCCUCUCCAUUAACCUGUGUAGCUCAGAAUUUACCCAAGUGGACACCACGGAGACUAACGAGCUUCAAGAACGUCUCAGUCAAAUGAAUGUAAAAUGGGAACAUGUGUGCAGCACACUGGACGGGUGGCGUUGUUCAUUGCAAGAUGCUUUAAUGCAGUGCCAGGACUUUCAUGAAAUGAGUCACGGGCUGCUUCUUUGGCUAGAAAACAUUGACAGAAGAAAAAAUCAAAUUCUUCCCAUCAAUCCAAACCAUGAUCCAGACACCCAUCAAGAAAAUCACAAGCUUUUAAUGCAAAUGAAGCGUGAAUUGCUGGAGUCUCAGCUUAAGGUGGCAUCUCUACAAGACAUGUCAUUUCAGCUGUUAGUGAAUACUGAGGGCAAGGACUGCCUUGAAGCCAAGGAGAAAGUGCAUGUCAUCGGUAACAGGCUCAAGGUACUUCUGAAAGAUGUCACCGGUCACAUCAAAGAAAUAGAGAAAAUUUUAGACAUCUCAAGUAACCAGCUGGAGUUAUCGUCUUGGUCUUCAGCAGAUGAAUUGGACACUUCAGGGUCCCUCAGCCCUGUGUCAGGCAGGAGCACGCCCAGCAGACAGAGAACGCCACGGGGCAAAUGUAGUGUCUCACAGCCUGGACCCUCUGUCAACAAUCUACCUAGCAGGUCCAAAGACGGUGGCUCAAGUUUCUUCCAUUCUGAACCGAAGUUGGCCCAACAAAACCAAUCAUUCUUUCUCCGAGUUCUUCGGGCGGCAUUGCCUCUGCAGCUUCUUCUCCUGCUGUUGAUUUUUCUGGCUUGUCUUGUACCAAUCACCGAAGAAGAUUACAGUUGUACUCUGUCUAAUAACUUUGCCCGAUCCUUCCAUCCAAUGUUGCGCUACACCAAUGGGCCACCUCCAAUAUGAAUCAACAACAAAUAUAUUUUUUCUCGUAUCCAGAGAACUAGAGACUGUUUUUCAGUCGCACUGUGUGGAUGCAUUAUUCACAAUAACCUUUGAACAGAAGACACACAUUCUGCUUUAUCCGUCCACAGUUAUAUCACUGUGACAGCCUUUGAAAAUGUAAAUGAAGAAAAGCAUCAUGUCUAUUUAAACCAUUCACUCCAACAAUAAUUUUGUUUUCAACUUAUCAAUAACUAUCAGAUUGCUAAUUCUCAAUAACAAUAUUGUCAGUAUUUCAUAAAAAAUCAGCCUGUAAGGCUAUUAUGACGCUGUUUUAGAAGCUUUACUUGUAAUAUAAAAUUUGAAAAAGCUUAAAUGGCAAAUAUUUUUUUAUUUUUCUCAGUGUAUUUCUCUUAGUUGUUGGGCUUUCUGUGUGAUGGGCAGCAAGAUAAGCAUGAACUAACUAUAACAUUGCAUAAAUAAGAAGCACUUUUUUUAAUUACUGGAACUGGAUGUAAGAAAUUAAUUAUAGAUCUAUAAAAAGAUGUUCUGCUGAAUGAAAAUAAAUGUUAACGAUUGAAAUAGAACAUAUUAUUUAUGGAUGUACAGUUUGCUAAGGCGAGUUUUGUUUGUAUUGAUUUCUUGCAAUUAUACAUAUUAAAACAUAUUUUGGUCUGA